AUGCCUCAACCUAGCAUCUCGAGAGAACCAGGUAUGGGCCACUGGGACAUCAGCACAGUGUCGAAAGACGACCCAAAUACCAUUGUCAUUUGUCGCGACCACAGCGCGGUUGAAGUCCACUUCUCCUCAUUGUUCCUCUCGGUCAACGAGAGCCGCGCGCAAUGGCAGCCCGACGGCUGCACACGCCUUGGCGACCAGUCUCGCCCGCUGGAGAUACAAAUCACCACCGGCACCGGCCAGACUGCAGUCGUCUUCAUCCACCGCAGCGCCACAAACGACCGGCUGGUUGUGCACGGCCACAUCGAGGGCGCAAGACACGUCUACGGCUGGCGGGAGCUGACCAAGGGAAAGCCGUUUGGAACAAUGACGCGGAAGCUGAGAAUACACGUGGGCGCGGACGGGACGCUCGCCGUGCUGCCAGACACAAAGUUCACUUUUCUUCUUUCUACCGAGGAUUCAGAACAGGAGCUCCCCAAGCUUGAGUUCAAGAUACCGAUGUUUGCAAAACCCCCAAGUUACGAGGCUUCGACGGCAUGA